AUUGGGCUUCGUGAUGGCAAAUCUGCCCAACAUGGAAUGGGCCAGUUCUGAACUGUUGUCAAUCGUUUUAAACCUUACAUGAAACCUUCCUUCUUUUGCGCCAUCAUGGGUUCUCAACAAUCUGAUCGCUUCGACGUUAAAAGCGUUGCCAUCAUUGGUGCCGGACCUUGUGCGCUUGCAUCGGCCAAGUACUUGGUCGCUCAAAAGGUUUUUGAUAAAAUCGACAUUUUUGAGCAGCAGUCCGAAGUCGGCGGGGUAUGGAAUUACGGUCCCAGGCCUUCGGAGUCGGUGCAUGUGCCUCAAACGAGCCCCGACUGUCCUCCGGAUCCGCCUCUGCCGUUCCAAGGUGAAGCAGAGGCGCCCGUCUUCCCCUCGCCCAUGUAUGAGGUCCUGCACACCAACAUACCUCGCUCUCUUAUGAAGUACUCGGAUUUUCCGAUGAAGGAGGAUGCGCUCGUUUUCCCCUCUCGGGAAGACAUUCAGGAGUAUGUGGUCGGAUACGCCGAAGAUAUCCGGCACCUCAUACAGUUUUCGACCCAGGUGAAGGACGUUCGCUUGAGGGUGGUCGACGGAAAGGAUCAGUGGGACGUGGACACGGUGUGCCUCCUCACGGGCAAGACGACGGGGGCAACAUAUGAUGCCGUCGUCGUUGGAUCUGGCCAUUACACUGCCGUUUACAUCCCCGACAUCAAGGGAAUAAGGGAAUUCCACAAGGUACACCCCGGUGUUAUCUCUCACUCCAAGAACUACCGGAGUCCAGAGAGAUUCACCGGUAAAAAGGUCGUCAUAGUUGGGAAUUCCGCAUCCGGGCUCGAUAUUGGAGCGCAGAUCAGUGGCGUCUGCCAGAAACCGCUGCUGAUAUCGGUGCGACGGCCUACGCCGCCAGCCAACCUGGGGUAUGCCGGUGCCGAAGAGUUUCCUGUUAUCGAGGAGUUCUUGCCGGAAGAACGAGGUGUCCGGUUCCAGGACGGGAGAAUCGAGAAAGAUAUCGACGCGAUCCUCUACGGCACCGGCUAUCUCUUCGACUUCCCGUUCCUCCGCUCCCUCGACCCACCGUUGCUAACAGACGGGCGUAGAGUGCACGACCUGUACCAGGAACUGUUCCACAUUGACCACCCAACCUUGGUGUUCCCAAGGCUGCCGGUCAAGGUAGUCCCAUUUAUGUUUUCCGAGAGCCAGGCGGCUGUGUUCUCGAGAACAUGGGCGAAUCUCCUAGAGCUGCCGUCGGUGGAGGAGAUGAGGCAAUGGGAAGCCGAGGAGGCAGGAAAACGGGGCCCCAAAUUCCACGUUUGGCCGGAGGGCAAUGAUGGUGGUUAUAUCAAUUCAGUACAUGACUGGAUUACACGGUCAGGGACGCCGGGGAAAGAACCGCCGCGUUGGAAUCCAGAAUUGCUCUGGCAAAGGAAGAUUUACUUCAAGGCCAAGUUGCAGUUCGAGCUGGACGGGCGGAGAGCCAGGACUCUUGAGGAGCUUGGCUUUAAAUACUCGCCAGACCAAGACGGAAACUAAAUCCCAUGCCAUUUUCCCGUAGAAUAACUAAACAACAAUUGCCUUGGUUAGUUGGCCGGGAUGGCGCAAGGUUAAAUAAACUGAGGCAUGUAUGUCACACUUAGGCCGGAGCCGCAUGCAUGUCUCACUCAGCUCGGCUUCCGGUGGCGCGGCGAUCGGCACUGAAGUGAGUGAGUUAUAUCCGGAACAUCGGAGUGAACACCGGAUCGGAGACCCGGCUGAGCGGUUUCGGUGGUCUCAGCUGGUGAUACGUUACACCAGAGGUCCGUAAUUCCCAUAUAGGUAUAUACAAGUAGAAUCGGC